AUGUCUCCCGAUCAAGAACACAGCCAGCACCACCCCCCAAGCUUCUGGGACUUUAUCCCGGGCUUUGUUCAGAACCGCCCAGGCAACGGUGUAGACCAUCACAACCCUCAACCUGCUCCCCAAUUCUCGGGCGGCUUCCCCUUUGGAGGGCCGUGGCAUCACGGGCCGCCGCCUCCUCCUCCUCCUCCUCCUCCUCACCACCAUCACGGCGGACCACCUCACUAUCCUCCUCCUCCAGAAGUAGGAGGCCGUGGUCCCUGGGAAGCAGAUUUUGACUGGAGCCAGUGGUAUGGCCACGACCACGACCACGACCACGACCACGACCGCCACGGCCGACAUUCCCGUCGCCACGGAUGCGACGAGGAAGCCCAGCGGCCCAGCGUCGAAAAGGAAGCCCCCGAAAAGGGAGAAAAGGGAGAGUCCCCCGAGACCAUGGACGCGGACAUGCCCGACCCCGAGGAAGUCGCCCCCGAAGACGGCGAGCACCCGCCUCCGCCCUACGGCGCCGGUCGUCGAGCCGGCCGAUUCCACAGAGGAGGCCACGGCUGGCGACGCGGAGGCCGCGGUCACCACGGUGGCUGGGGCGGAGCACGACACUGCCCCCGAGGCAACUCGCUCGACUUUUCCUCCAUGAUGAGAGGCUUCAUGGACCACCCGUUCUUCCAAAGCGUGCGCGACCAAGCGGAGCGCCACCGCAGCGGCAACGUCGACGACGCCCGGCACGACGCCGACGCCUUCCAGCCCCCCGUCGACGUCUUCAACGCCGAGUCGGCCUACGUCGUGCACGCCGCCCUGCCCGGCGCAAGGAAGGACGACAUCGGCGUCAACUGGAGCCCCGACUCCAACACGCUCAGCAUCGCGGGCGUCGUUCACCGCCCCGGCGACGAGGCUUUCCUGCGGGGCCUCGUCUCGGGCGAGAGGAGAGUGGGCGUGUUUGAGAGGAACAUCACGCUGCCGCCGGCGGGCGUCGUCGACAAGGACAGCGUGGACGGCCUGGGCAUCACGGCCAAGAUGGAGGACGGGGUGCUGGUUGUGGUCGUGCCCAAGCUGGAGAGGGAGUGGACCGAGGUUCGCAAGGUUGAUGUUGAGUGA